UUAACUGCAAUCGUCCAACAGUUACCACUUGCGGCUAACGCACGGGACAUUGCGACCCGACCCGCGAAACUAGCUUAGCGCGCGAUUUGCAAUUCGAAUUUCAAACGCCUCUGUGAUAUAUUUAAAAAUAUAGAUGUUUUAAAUAAUUUAAAUUACGAAUGAGUUUUUAAAACUAAAAAUUAAAUUAUAUGUGUAUUUAAAAAAAUAAUCGGAUGGAUUAUAAAAAUAAAUUUUAAUAUUAUUUUGAAUUUUAAAUAAAAUAAUAAGUGCUUAGUGAUGAAACUUGGUUGUGAAUAAGACUAUUACAUUGAAUCUAGUUCCGGAAUCAUGACGGCUGACGGUAACCAGUCUGCGCAAGACAGUAAAGAUGCAGCAGAAAAACCAUAUGAGGCUAACGGGCGCAAUAACUUAAUCGUCAACGACACUAUUAGAAAUAGUUUUAUUAAAGACAAAAUAGACAAGGAAAAAGCGAAUAUCAAAGACGAUAUCAAGGAUGAUGAUGACAGUUUAAAGGGGCUGAAUGUAUUCCAAAAGGCACGACGUAUGAUUUCCUUGAUAACGGUUGAACCGAUUUUAGCAUGUUACGUGAUGCCGUCCGUACUUUCAGCUUUGGCUACACAAAACUUAUAUUUAGAGAAGGCUUGUAGAGUUAACUUGGGUUUUGGCGAUCAUGUUUGUGAUGCUUUAACUAAAAGACAAACAACUAACUACACUUUGGAAGAAGAAGCGGUGCAGAGAUUAGUGGCUUCUGUGGCUGGGUGGAAAACAGUACUACAGUCAUUCCUACCGUGUGGAAUAUUGAUAUUUCUUGGUGCCUACAGUGACCGAGUUGGGCAGAGAAAAUUUUGUAUGCUUCUUCCGAUCGUCGGAGAAUUUCUGACGAGCAUAGGCCUCAUAGUCAACACUUAUUUUUUCUACGAAAUGCCGGUGGAAGUUGCAGCUGUCACUGAAGCGAUAUUCCCUGCUUUGACGGGAGGCUGGUUCACUAUGUUCAUGGGAGUGUUCAGUUACAUAGCGGAUGUGACUACAGAUGAACAGAGGACGUUAAGAAUAGGAAUAGUGAAUCUAUUCUACUCAGUAGGAGUGCCUGUGGGUGCAGCUCUUAGUGGUAUAUUAGUGCGAAAAAUCGGCUUGUAUGGUGUUUUCUCAUUGAGUGCGACGUUGUACGUUUUGAGUUUCAUCUAUGGAUACUAUAGGAUCAAAGAAGUUAAAAGGACUGAUAUUAUUGUGAAGAAAACCAAUGGUUGUUGCGAGUGGUUGCGAGAUUUCUUCGACACGCGAUACGUCAAAGACACCCUGAUGGUUGCGUUCAAGACUGGCCCCAACAACCGAAGGUUGCGGGUCAUCAUGCUGGUUGUCGUCCUCUGUGUUGUUAUUGGACCCAUUUAUGGUGAAAUGUCGGUGAUGUAUCUGUUCACGAGAUACCGGUUCAACUGGAACGAAGUGGAUUUCAGCAUGUUUUCCACCUAUGCCAUGUGCACUUCCCUAGUGGGAACCCUGUUCUCCGUGGGCGUGUUCAGUCAUCUACUGAAAUUCGACGAUGCGAUCAUUGGAGUGAUAUCUUGCACCAGUAAGAUACUGUCUGGCUUCAUGUACGCCUUCGCCACCAAAACCUGGCAAAUAUACAUAGCACCGCUGAUUGAGAUCUUUAACGGCACUUCAUUUAUUGCUAUGAGAUCGAUGGUGUCUAAGCUCGUGGACAGGGACGAACUAGGCAAAGUGAACUCAUUCUUCGGGGUGGCUGAAGCGAUGAUGCCGCUAGUGUACGCGCCGAUGUACACCACAGUGUACACCGCCACCAUCAAGACCUUCCCUGGCGCCUUCUUCCUACUCGGCGGCGGCCUUACUGUGCCGGCUGUACUUAUAUUCUUAUGGUUGUAUUUGGCAAACAAAAAGUACAUCAGUCCAAACACACAGCAAGAUGGAAAUAAUAAAGCGAAAUUGGAAGAGAAAAUAGAGAAAAACGGUAUUGACAACAAGGCUUAUGAGGCUGAAGAGAAGAAACCCGCAUCCAAAGUGGACGCAAACUUGUCUGACGAUGUUAACCCUAACUUGAACCAGUCGCAAAUAGAAAUGGGUUUCACAGAGAGUAUGCUUUGUACUAGUAAACUGUAAACAUGGCAUAAAUCUCAUAGUAAAAGAGCUGGUUACAAUUUUGAGGAGGUAGUUAAAAAAAGCUGACAAGGGGUUGAGACAUUUUUGUAUAAAGCCUGGCAUAACAGCUAACAUCAAUAUAUUAUUAGAGUUCCGUCCCUCAAAAGGAAAAUUGGGAACUCUUGUAGGAUUACUUUGUAGUCUGUCUGUCCGUCUGCCCGCCAAGAAACCCUAUAGGACUUAAAAUCUUGAAAGGCAGGUUGGUAGGUAGCGCACAAGUUAAGGAAAAAUCCGAAAACCGUGAAUUUUUGGUUACAUAACAAAAAAAAUGUGUUCAGGAAAAAAUAAUUUACUUAAUCACAUAAACUUGCAGUGUUCUAUAAAAAAUUGUUAGGUGCAUAUAUCUUGUACAUUGGUACGGAACCCUUCAUGUUCGAGUCCGAUUCGCUCUUGACUGGUUGAUUUUUUGGAUUUUGCGGGUUUGAAUUCGAUAUUUUCUUGAUCUUGUGAACACUUUCCAAACUCAUAUACCGCUUCUUUAUGUUGUGAUAGUCAGUAUUCUGUGUAAUACUGUGAGUACUAAUUACAAUGCUACCUAUUGGUUUAAUUCAAAUUUAAUUAAAAGUUUUUGAUUUAUUUAGGUAAUUAUUUAAAUUAAGCAUUGUAGACGUUAAAAUGAAAGUGAUAAAUUGAAAUAGAUAUAAGUACUUAGUAAUUAGUAUUAUGUAAUUAUUUAAAUUUAAAAUAUUUAUACCAUCCAUGAUAAGUAUAUAACGAUUUAAACUUAAAUGCUAUUACUGACUACUUACUCAGAAAGAAACAAAUUCAAGUUUAUUAUUUAUGUGGCAUUUCGAUGCUUGCAGGUCAUAAAAGAAUAAUAUCUUGUUAUUUUUAUUUUGACAGAAAAAUCAAGUUAUCAUUUCGCUUGGUUAUUCGAUAGUCCAAAGCAUGUUGUUCACUCUGGUUUGGUAUUAAUCGGGCAUCUCUGGGACUAUAACUCUUUGUUAUUUUAUAAAUAAUUGUGAUUUUAUCAUUUUAACAAAAACCAGUCUGUGAUAUUCAUAAUGAUAUUAAAAUUAUUUAUAAUACGUUAAUUUUAAU